UAUUACCGUACGCGAGCGACGCGGGAAUUGAACGCGCGCUUCGGCGACUUGCAGUACAGAAUCCAGGAUCUGGAGGCAACGCUCGUGGCGGAGAUGGUGGGUCGGCUGUUGCGGCAGUACGGCCCACGGCUACAGCGCGCGGCCACGGCAGCGGCGGAACUGGACUGUCUGGUGUCUCUGGCGGCACUAGCCGCCGACGGCGGGCCUGGCGGCUCGCCGUACUGCCGGCCGCAACUGACAACCGAUAACGUACUCAGCAUCGUUAACGGUCGUCACCCCCUCGCCGAGACGGUGGUGGACACCUACAUCCCCUUCACCACCACCAUGCAUCAGGACAGCGGCAGGCUGCAGGUGGUGACAGGUCCCAACGCCUCCGGUAAGAGCUGCUACGCCCGAGCCGUAGCCCUCAUCGCCUUCCUGGCGCACCUGGGGUCGUAUGUCCCCGCGGAAAGAGCCACCAUCGGCCUGGCGGACCGGAUAGCGGCAAGGUCCGCCGCCGCCGCCGCCGCCGCUGCACUGCCGCGGGCAAUAGCGCUGCCGCCAGGCGACGUGUCAUCUAUGCUGCGUCAAGCGACGUGCCGUACUCUGCUCAUCUUGGACGAGUUCGGCAAGGUACGCAACAACGACCCACGGGUCAGCACCGCUGCAGCCGCUGCCGACAGCCUCGCCAAUGCGUCCUUGCCUCCGCGGCUAAUCCUGUGCACUCACUUUCACGAGCUGUUCAGGCCGGGGGUUCUGUCCGCCGGCGGCCCGUAUCUAGCAUUCUAUCAGAUGGAGCAAGCGACGGCGGCGGACAUGGAGGCCGAGCAGCACGUGUUUUUGUACCGGCUGGUUUCGGGGCGGUGUUCCUCCAGCUUUGGAGUGUACUGCGCCCGUCUGGCCGGGCUGGACGAGGCGGUGUGCCGGAGGGCGAGGGUA